UGCACGACAGUCGGUAGUACGGUAUUGUGUGUGGUCGCGUAGAGAAGUACCGCUCCUCUCUUAGUUAGUUUUAACUUAGUGGCGUAGUUAUAACGUAGCUGAACCCACUACUUUGCAAUUAUGAUCAUGGAUGCAGCAGCCACCGUGGAGAACCCCGUUGGGUCCCCCAGUGAAGUGCCCAACGACCCAGGCAAAAUGUUCAUCGGAGGCCUGAGCUGGCAAACCACAGCAGAGGGCCUGAGGGAGUAUUUCAGCAAGUUUGGAGACAUUAAUGAAGUGAUGGUUAUGAAGGAUCCCACCACACGGCGCUCCAGAGGGUUUGGGUUCGUGACCUUCAGUGACCCGUCCAGUGUGGAUAAAGUACUUACUCUCGCAGCUCAUGAACUCGACGGCAAGAAGAUCGAUCCGAAAGUCGCUUUCCCACGGCGGGCUCAUCCAAAGGUAAGAAAGAACACUUGUACUUGAUCAAGGACGAGCAGUUGUACGUGUUGUACAUGUUGUACAAGAACUUAUCAGCAUUGUGC